AUGAAAAUACUUGUCGCUGGCACUCCAGGAGUCGGAAAAACAACCCUAUCCAAGCAGAUUGCACAGAGAGUAAAUAUAGCACACGUUGAUGUUACUCGAUUUGUCAAAGAUAAUAAGUUGUAUGAAAGCUUUGAUGAAAAAUUAGACACUCUUGUGUUUGAUGAAGACACAGUUGCAGAGCAUCUAAAUAACCACCUCAAGCUACAGAAUUGCUUCAUUGUCGAUACACAUUCUCCUGUGGUUGUCGAAGAUAUUGCAUUUGAUUAUAUUUUUCACGUUGUCUGUGACAUCGGUGAAAUUGGGAAAAGAUUAGAAUUGCGCGGAUAUUCCGAAUAUAAAAUUCAAAAGAAUAUUGAAUGUGAAAUAUUUAAUAUGAUAGGAGAGGAACUAGAAGAGACAUUUGGUGGUAAAAUCUACAAAAUUAAUGGAUCCGAGGUGCCAAACGACGAUGCCAAAUACGCCUUUGAUGAUGUCUUUAAGAUAUUAAACUGUUGA